AUGGCAUUUGAGGAACACCGUGGUCGGGAGCCCCCGUAUCGACAACACCAUGAACGAGAGAUGGCAUUUGAGGGAAACCGUGGUUGGGAUGCCCCAUGUCGACAGCACCAUGAACGAGAGUUGGCAUUUGAGGGACACCGUGGUUGGGAGCCCCCAUGUCGACAACACUAUAAACGAGAGAUGGCAUUUGAGGAACACCGUGGUCGGGAGCCCCCAUGUCGACAGUACCAUGAACGAGAGAUGGCAUUUGAGGAACACCGUGAUUGGGAGCCCCCAUGUCGACAGCAUCAUGAACGAGAGAUGGCAUUUGAGGGACACCGUGGUCGGGAGCCCCCAUGUCGACAGCACCAUGAACGAGAGAUGGCAUUUGAGGAACACCGUGGUUGGGAGCCCCCAUGUCGACAGCACCAUGAACGAGAGAUGGCAUUUGAGGAACACCGUGGUCGGGAGGCCCAUGUCGACAACACCAUGAACGAGAUAUGGCAUUUGAGGAACACCGUGGUCGGGAGCUCCCAUGUCGACAGCACCAUGAACGAGAGAUGGCAUUUGACGAACACCGUGGUUGGGAGCCCCCAUGUUGACAGCACCAUGAACGAGAGAUGA